UUGGACGAUCAGUUGGUCGAUCAGUUGGUCGAUCAGUUUGACGAUCAGUUGGUCGAUCAGUUGGACGAUCAGUGGGUCGACCAGUUGGACGAUCAGUUGGUCGAUCAGUUGGUCGACCAGUUGGACGAUCAGUUGGUCGACCAGUUGGAUGAUCAGUUGGUCGAUCAGUUGGACGAUCAGUUGGUCGACCAGUUGGACGAUCAGUUGGUCGAUCAGUUGGUGGAUCAGUUUGACGAUCAGUUGGUCGAUCAGUUGGACGAUCGGUUGGUCGAUCAGUUGGACGAUCGGUUGGACGAUCAGUUGGACGAUCAGUUGGACGAUCAGUUGGACGAUCAGUUGGUCGACCAGUUGGUCGACCAGUUGGACGACCAGUAG